UUUUAUGUUGCAUUGCUUCGUCAGCCGUUUUGAUUUUGUGGGAUGGUGGUGUGCAUCUGCCCUGCAACGAAUUUCUGAAAAUUUCAAAAAUUUUGACUAAACCAACAAUGUGGUGAUUACGGAAAUUCAAGUAAAUUAAGUGCUUUAAUAUUUAGUUGAGUUAGUGUUGAUUUUCAUUCAAAAAUACAAACACAAAUAAUUAGGUUAAUUUAAGUGUAAAUGAAAUUAAAAUGGAUUAUGCUUUAAUUAUGGAUAACGAUAGUGGUUACGUUUCGCAUAAUCAAGAAUCAAAUUUCGAUUCGUUAUCGGAAAGCGGCUUUAAGGCAAAAGCCAGUGCAGAACUCGAUUAUUUGAAUGAAGAUGCUUUGCUUGAGAAGCCCCUUGUUAUCAACAAUUCGUUUGAUUCUGUGAUAAAUAGUUCACAAGAAAGUGUUAGAACACACUUUAGUGGGUUCGAGGACUCUGAGGCUUCAGACACGUCCUUUGUAAUCCCACCAGUGCCACCAAUCAUCUGGGACUGUGAUGAAAACAAGGAAAACAUCGACACUUGUUCAGUCUUCAACAGUUCCAAAGAAACCAGCGACAGUUUCACCACAACUCCCACCAAAUCAUUCUCGCAUAAAGUGCUCGCAAACGUGACAAACACAUACGACCAAAACCAAGUGACUGGCAAAGUUCACCUUGCCAGUAAAGAAAACGUUCCAACAAUAACUCCACAAAAACUGUACCAAAAUCGAAUCACUGCCGACACCAGCCCCGACUUAUUCGCCGAAGAAGAAGAAGUUUUAAAGUCUGUAAUGCCAUCGAAAAUAACACCGAAAGACACCCCAAAGGAAAAUCACUGCAGCAAGGACUUAAAACUGUUGAGAAAAGUGCAAAGUUCGUUAAAUGGGGUCCACCCACCGCCCAGUGUCACAAUCAUACAAAUGACCGUCGCGGAAAUGCUUGACAAAAUCGAGGAAAAUAAACACUUGUUUUGGAAAACGUCCAGUACGGUCACCAGUGAGUGCAACUCGUUGCUGAUUAACGAUAAUGUCAACACGACCUGGCCUCGAAUCUUACAAGCCAGACAGUUGGGACUACAUCACAACCGCAGCAAAGUAUCCGAAGAGUUCGAACACUUGUGCCUUAAAUACGCCGAGCGUUAUGUUGGUGCCGAGACCCAGUCUUCGUGCACUGUUUUCGAAUCGAAUCCGUCGAAUUUGCAAAAGCGCAAAAUGGCCAAACCCAAGUGGGGCUCCAAGUCGCCAGGCCGACGUUUGAGCCACUUGGCGAGGCGCCGGAUCACCUUUUCCAGCUCGAAUCUGCAGUCGGGUAGCAGUUCGGCGAUUCUCGGGUCACGUGCCAGGCAAAUUAUGAUCGAUGCUAGGAAACUGAGUUCGUUGAGGAAAAGUCCCAGGAAGAGUCCGAGGAAAACACCGUCAAAGAGUCCGUUUAAAAUUAAGAAAAUGACGCCUAGUAGUUCAGCGAAGAAGAAGUUGGCGAUGAGGUUUAGACAAAUGACGGGAGAGUUUGAAAAUUCGAAUUCGAGUUUUUCGAGCUGUGCCUCAGAUCAGUCGGUUUUGAGCUUUAAGAGGUCGCUGUUUGGCAACGAUAGGGACAUAGGGUCAUUUAGCGGCCCCAUUGAGAAAAAGUCCACAAAGAGAGCACUGUUCUCAUCUCCACUUAAACACUCGCCGAAAAAAUCGCCGUUUAAAAUCGGCAAACGAAAACGCAUCGAUUUCGACGAAGGCAACGCCUCGAAACUGCCUCGAAGCUCGUCACUAAAUUUAAUAAAACCCGAGCCAAAACCAUGCUUUAAUCGCUCUCUAAGCGACACUUUAAACAGCUCCAAAUCGGAGGAACUGAGCGAUCAGCACAAGAAAAAGCUCCAAUGGGCCGUUUACGAGUCAUUGAGACUGCAAAACGUGACGCCCACUCAUCCCCAGUAUAAAGUUUUCGCGUCGGUUUUGGCCAGAGUUACGCGUAAAUUUUUGCCGGGCUUGAAAUUCGAGGGCCGAACGACCGAAAAAAUGUUCAGGAUUGCGCGGCAUCACUCGUUUGCGGUGGUCAAAGGGAAGACUGUGGACGAGAUUGUGAACGAGUACGUUAAGAGCAGGAUGAAGAACCAAAAACCGCAAGGGUAUAUAGGGAUUGAGGAGUUUCACGGGUUGAGGAAGGACGAAGGCUCGGAUAAGGAGAAUAUUUUGGUUGACAGGUCGAAUGUGGAGAGUGUGGAGAAAAAGAGGGAUGUUCCAGGGCCUAAGACGAGGUUCCUGAGCAGCAAUAGGAUUGAGAGGAUUAAAAAAGUCAUUUCUUUUGAAGAAAAAGACACGUAGUUUGGUUUUUUAGGUCUAGGAUUUUUUUUUCGAAUUGCAGUGCAAUAAUUGAUGCACACUACGUAGGGUUUGGAUAGGAUAAUGUUUUAUAAGUCUGCGACCUUAUGUUUACUGUACUUUGUAAGGUUUAAACAAAUAAAUAAAUAAAUUGUU